ACUUCACACACUUCCCCAGCCAUGGCUGCUCUCACUUCCAUCUUCAUAUUCUCCUUCUUCGUCUCUUUAAUGUCCACCGAAGCUCAAUAUGCACACUAUGGUGGAACCAAUUAUGGUCAUUACUCUGAGUCAUGCCCAAAUGUGGAGGAGAUGGUCAAGUCCAGCGUUCAGUUCUUUAUUGACGCAGAUAGCACACUUGCCCCUGCCCUCCUCAGGCUCCACUUCCAUGACUGCUUUGUCAAUGGAUGUGAUGGGUCAGUGCUACUGGAAGGGCCUGGCAGAGAAAUGACCUCACCAGCCAACUUUGGGCUGCGCGGGUUCGAGGUCAUAGCUGCUACAAAGGCAAGGGUUGAAGCCAUGUGCCCUGGAGUUGUUUCUUGUGCUGAUAUACUUGCCCUUGCUGCUAGAGAUGCUGUUGUCCUGGUACGCAAUGGAAUUCUCUCUCAAGUUUGGUUUCAGUCAAGCUUGAUUGAUCAAAUUAUCUUCUCUGUCGUUCUCAAAUUUUGUCCUCUUUUAACGCUCCUCGCACUCCUACUCCACCAGAUGACUCAGGUUGAAGCCACUGCCACUGCCACAACCUUUAAUUCUGAACAAGGGCAAGGGCGUGCUUUUAUUACUGACCAAGGGCAUGGGUGUGCUUUUAUUACUGACCAAGGCCAUGGGCUGGCAACUAUAAUGGUGGUAGGGGUAGAGGCCAUAAUGGAGGAAGAGGAAACUAUGGAAAAAAUAAUAAUACUAACAAGUCUAGCCAAGGAGUAACUUGUCAAUAUUUUGGCAAAGAAAUCAUACAGCUCGACAAUGUUAUGAUAUUCCAAAAGUUUUUAUGGCCAUGGCACUCAACAUGGGAAAAUCUGAUAAUGCAUCUAGUAGCCGAGAAAAUGUCAGCAAUACUCAAGACUCAGCCUGGUAUCCAGACACAAGUGCCUCCCACCAUGUGACAAAUUCAAACAAGAUAUGCAAGGUUGCCUAUUGCAGACUUGCAAAUAACGCAGUAUGAGAAGCUCUUGCAUGAAGUUCCUAAUAUAGUCAUCUAAGGACCUUUGGUUGUACCGUCUAUCUAUUGAAUGGGCCUAGACGUUCUACUUGGAGAUGACGAUCAAUAAAAGACUGCUAAUACUUCUUUGGUUUCUCAGAAUUCUUACUCAGACAUUUAGUUAUGGCAUUUGUGUCUUAGACAUGCUCACUUUCAGUUGUUAAACUCAUUGAAAGUUGCUGGUUUAAUAUCUGUUGAUGAAAGACAUAAAUUAGAUUUUUGUUC